AUGUCAGAGCAGAAGGGAAGUGUUCGUCAGUUGCCUCCUGGCAAGUUGAAUAACAUCAAAAAAAUCUUUGAAGAUGGUGAGGGCAGUUCUGCCAGCAAGAGUGAUAAAUCCAUGCCUCCCGCAAGACCACUGCAGCCUCCCAGCCGGGCCAAGUCACCAGUGCAGCAGCACCCACCUCGACUUCAGCCACAGUCUCAGCAGCAUUCAAAGUUUCUGGCUGCAAAUCAGCAGCAACAACAAGCUACCUCAGCUGUUCAAGCAACGGAGCAUGUCGUACAGAACAGAGAUCAGAAUUUUGUCAGUGGACACAAGCUUUGUGAUGCUGGCAGGUUUACCAGCAGUCAUUCCCUUGCUUCAGAGCUGACUCAGCAAGGAAAAGAUGUGAAAAAACUUAACCCUUCAGUUAUUGGAAAAUUCUCAGCACCCUCCGAUAAUAACCCAACACCCCAAAACUUAAUUUCAGACAAAGGCACAUCUGCCGCUUCCACUCCAAAGCCGGCAUUUAGACACUCCCGUGAGAGCAGUGCUGGAGGAGAGACUGUUAUUGUGGACAAUCCUCUGUACACCAGCGUUCAGCUGCCAGCGAAGACUGCCCAGGAGAUUAGUGACCUGUAUGCUAAAGUCAACAAACCUAAAAAGGACGCUGAUGGCUUGCCUAGAAAAGUAUCCUUCACUCCAGAAGAUAAAGAAGCAGCUGGUUUUAGCAGACGAGAGGCUAUCAGGAAAAAUGCAGUAGAGAGGAGAAAAACAAUAGCUGGUGGGGAAACAGAGGGUGAAGAAGUAGGAGGUAACAGUGUGAAUGUGGCCGAGCGAAUGAAACUUUUUGAUGUUACCAAAGGAGCUAAACCUACUCUUCCACAAAAACCAGAUUCGGUGAAACGAAAGUUCAGUAUGAGGACUCAGAAGGAGUUUGACGAACAGCAACAGCAUAGGUCUCAAGUAUUCAGUCAGAAUGAUUCUGAAGAUGGGGGUGUGUAUAGUCCUCCUUGGGACACGUCCAAGAGCAGUAUUCUUGAGAAGCUGCAGAAAUCCAAGCCUUCACCUGCCGUGUUGUUAGAAAAAAGUGAUAGUCCAGGUUUUACAGGUAAGUUAGGAGCUGCAACAAAAACUCCAGGGCCAGGUAUGGUGCUGAAACAUCCGGACAUUUCAACACCAAAGUUAACAGCUAAAGUUGAGGAAAAUGUUGUUCUUAGAAAUCAGCCCAAAAGCAAAUCUGCGGAAUCUUCGUCAGAAUCUUCACCCCAGCGAGCAGCAGCGUCUGCUCCUCCAAAGCCUCCCAGAACUCAUGCUCAUGAUGAUUAUCUCCGGGUGAAAGUUUCAGUCUCUCAGAAUUUUGACAUGAAACCUUCCACAGACACCUCACACCAGACUAAUGUCAGAAAAACAGUUAAUAUAAUCACAAGUCCAGAAAAGGCUGAAGCUCACAGGGAGACAGAGUACACCUCAAUCAAAGACAGGAUAACCAAGUUACAACAGCAUUCUGAAACAUCAUCAUCAUCAUCUGACCCACCUUUGCUGCCUCCAGUUUCAUUUACAGAGAAGAAUAACGAACAAAACACUGUACGUACCCCAGCCCCCUCACGACCGCCACCACCCAGAAGAAGACCUAACUCAGAUGACCGGCCGUCCAUUUCUUCAACAUUUUCUCAGUCGUCCACAGAAGAUGAUAUUGGGCCAGUGAUUAUCCCGGUCUCUCCACAGGCUCGUAUCCCUCAGCAAAAACAAGUGCCGAACACGCCAGGAUUAAACACCCGACGGCCAAGUGACAAACUUCCUCCAGAGCCCGAUCCCUCUAAAUCAGUGCAAAAAUUUCCUUUGCGCAAGAGUUACAGUUCUGAGUGCUUGCAUUCUAGUCGAGGAAGUUCCUUGAAUGGGGAGUGGGGAGAUGAAGACAGCGCAAAUGGGAUGUCACGGAGCAGUUAUGAAAGUCAGUAUGAGGCUGUUAUUGACCCAGAUGGAUAUGCAGUGCCGAAUGUAUUUCUCCGUCUGCCAGGACAAAAGAAGCUUUCAAUCAAGGAUGACAAUUUGGAUGUGUCCCCAACACAGUUCUUGACACGGAUCAAAGGAUUCAGUGGUGACAGCUUGUCAGACAAAAGUCAGCAGGCGCAGGGCAUUAAGGCUGUGUCUGUACAAGAGCAGAGUCUUGAGAAAGUCAACAAGAAGAAAAUGAACAUGGUGAAACAAAAGAUCAACCAGGCAUAUGCUGAUGUGGACUUUACUGUUGGUGGACCCUCAGAACGAGGGGACAGUGACUGGCAAAUUGUGAAUCAGGAACAAGGUGAGAUCUUUGCUGACAUCACUGCCUAUGCUGGCGAAGCUGUGGUGGAGCCUACAGUUCUAAAGAAAAGGAUAGAGUACUGCACUUCCGUCCGCUUGAAAUCAAGUAAGAGCAUCAGACACUGCAAGGAAUACCUGAGUGCUGUGUACCCGCAGCUGUUUGAGUAUUGUCUCAUUGUGGGCUUGCAACGUUUGGUGGAUGUUGAUGGAUACGAGCCUCAUGUGAAAUUUAAAUUUCCUGAAAACGUAA